UACGGUAUCUCUCAAGCAUGGGAAAGGGUUUCUACCUCAGUAAAACUGUAGGGAUAGUGGGGAUUGUGUUAGCUGCUGGAGCGGUAGCCACAAUCAUAGCCCUCUCAGUGGUCUACUCCCAAGAGAAGUCCAAGAACAAUGAGAAUGAUGUGAAACCCACCAUUGAAGUGACUACCACAACAGCAACAGUUCCAACAACAGCUCAGUCAAAUGAGCCAUGGGAUCAGUGGCGGCUUCCUCAAACCCUGCUUCCAGAAUCCUACAAUAUCACCCUUUGGCCACGGCUCCAGCCGGGGCAAUAUAUCUUCACGGGGAUGUCCAGCGUGUUCUUUAAAUGUGUGCAAGAGACAGACCUCAUCCUCAUUCAUGCCAAUAAAUUGAAUAUGACAAAAGAUGCCACCUUGAGAGCUCUCGGAAGCACACCGGCUCCUUCCAUCGACUGGAUCCGGAUGGAGCCGAAAACGCAGUAUUUGGUGAUUCGCCUGAAUGCUAGAUUAACUGUUGGGGAACGCUAUGAGCUCUACACAGAGUUUUCAGGAGAGCUUUCAGAUGACUUGGGUGGCUUCUACCGGAGUGAAUAUGAUGAGAAUGGAGUGAGGAAAAUUGUCGCGACAACCCAGAUGCAGCCAACAGAUGCCAGGAAAGCUUUCCCCUGCUUUGAUGAACCAGCAAUGAAAGCUGUAUUCCACAUCACUCUUCUCCAUGAUCGUGAAACAAAAGCCCUUUCCAAUGGCUAUGAAACGACAAAGGAAGAUAUUGAAGUGGAUGGCAUUAAGUUAACCAAAACCACGUUUGAUGCCACAGAAAAAAUGUCAACCUAUUUGUUGGCUUUUAUUGUCAGCGAUUUUGGUUUUAUUGAACAAUCUGAGGAAAUUCCUAAGAUUCGAAUUUUUGCCCGUCAAGAAGCCAUUAACGCAAACCAAGGGCAGUAUGCACUUAACGUGACUGGACCGAUCCUCAGAUUCUUUGAGGAAUAUUACAACGCAUCCUAUCCACUGCCCAAAUCAGAUCAAAUCGCUCUACCAGACUUUAGUGCCGGUGCAAUGGAAAACUGGGGCUUGAUCACAUACAGAGAGACUGCCUUGCUGUAUGAUGAAGAAUUAUCCUCAAAUGCAAACAAAGAGAGGGUUGUUACUAUUAUUGCCCAUGAACUUGCCCACCAGUGGUUUGGUAAUCUUGUGACACUAAGGUGGUGGAACGACUUGUGGCUCAAUGAAGGUUUUGCAUCCUACGUCGAAUAUCUCGGGGCAGAUAAAGCUGAGCCUCUCUGGAACAUUAAAGACCUGAUCGUUCUGAAUGAUGUGCACCGAGUAUUUGCCAUAGAUGCUCUGGCCUCUUCUCACCCCUUGUCCUCUAAGGAAGAGGAAAUCCAAAGACCAGAGCAAAUCAAUGAAGUGUUUGAUGCAAUCUCCUACAGUAAGGGAGCAUCAGUACUUAGAAUGCUAUCUGAUUUCCUCAGUGAAUCAGUGUUUACUGAAGGACUCCAAACCUAUCUGGAUUAUUUCAAAUACAGCAACACAGUGUACACAGACCUUUGGGACCAUCUUCAAAUGGCCGUGAACAAGUCUUCCCAAAGUCUCCCCAAAACGGUGCAUGAGAUUAUGGACCGUUGGGUUCUUCAAAUGGGCUUCCCUGUGGUCACUAUUGACACCAGAACUGGUCAGAUCUCACAGAACCACUUCCUCCUUGAUCCUGUCUCUGAAGUUAAACGGUCUUCAGAAUUCAAUUAUGAGUGGUUUGUACCAAUUCAGUGGAUGAAGACAGGAGAAAUACAAGACCUAGAUUGGCUGCUAGAGAAAAAUGAAAUAAAACCAAACAUGACGGCAAAAGAUAAUGAGUGGGUUCUGGCCAACAUUAACGUGGUAGGAUACUACAGGGUUAACUAUGACACUGAUAACUGGGAACGGCUACUCAAUGUUCUCGAGACAUCUAGAAAGAACAUUCCUGUUAUUAACCGAGCACAAAUAAUUGAUGAUACAUUCAACCUGGCCAAAGCCCAAAUUAUUCCAACAACAUUGGCUCUAAGAACCACAAAGUUCCUCUCCUUUGAAACCGAGUACAUGCCGUGGGAGGCAGCUCUCGACAAUCUGGACUACUUUUACCUCAUGUUUGAUCGCACGGAGGUAUACGGCCCCAUGCAAGCAUAUGUUAGAAAACAGGUGGAACCUUUGUAUGAUCAUUUCGGAAUUCUAACAAACUGGACGGAUGUCGCAGAAGGACAUACUGACCAAUAUAACCAAGUAAAUGCACUCAGAGUUGCUUGCAGCACUGGUCUGGAAGACUGUAACACUCGAGUCACAACAUGGUUCCAAGAGUGGAUGAAAAAUUCCGCCGUCAACCCUAUCAAGGCCAACUUGAGGUCUACAGUGUACUGCAGUGCCAUUGCUGCAGGGGGUGCUGAGGAAUGGGACUUUGCCUGGGAAAUGUUCAAAAAUGCCACCAUUGCCUCAGAGGCAGAUAAAUUGAGAGCUGCACUGGCAUGUGCCACUAAGCCUUGGUUACUGAACAGGUAUCUGGAAUAUGCUUUGAACCCAAAUCUAAUUCGGAAGCAAGAUGCCACCUCUACCAUUAUCAGCAUUGCAAGCAAUGUGGUCGGCCAACCUUUGGCUUGGGACUUUGUUAGGGCCAACUGGGAAUACAUUUUCAAACAAUAUGGAGGUGGAUCUUUCUCUUUCUCCAAUCUGAUCAAUGGUAUAACAAAGAGAUUCUCAACUGAAUUUGAACUGCAACAGCUGAUACAGUUCAGGGAUGACAAUGCUGAUGUAGGCUUUGGUUCAGGCUCCCUCGCCAUCGAGCAGUCCAUCGAGAGGACUAGAGCAAACAUCAAAUGGGUCAAAGAGAACAAGGAAUCCGUCUUGAACUGGUUCAGUGAUGAGUCUAAAUCACAAUAAUGCACAUACUGUAGCUUGUUUGCUCUGAGGAGGAGAGGAAAACUGGGACUCAUUGUUUUGCUGGGUCUAGACGGUUAGAGCACGAAAGGAAAUGGCUAUUUAUUUUCCAUGAUGUUCUAGAUUGUAAUAAUUUCCAGAGGUACUUUCUUCCUAUGAUUCUGUAUACUUUAUAAACAAUUUCCUUAGAGAAUGCUGAGUGUUAUGAUUGUUAAUAUUUUCCACUUUAAUAUUUUUGAAAAAAUUAGAUUUUUCUAAUGAUGUGAUAACUUGUUUGUUAAAUGUACUAUUUUGGUAUUUUGUCCAAUGAAAAUAAACAACGUUUUUGAAAUAAUGAGUUUUCUUUCUAUGCAUAUGAAUAAUUAAUGAUAUCCAACUAAACCCUUACACUUUUAUGAAAUCAUCACUGUUGUUUAACCGUAAUAACUACAUCUCUAGACUAGUUUGUACUUUUUGUGGGGUGGGGGGUAAUUUUGGAACUUUGUAUUGUGGUACUUUAUGGUACUGUAUCAUUCCGAUA